CUCAGUGCAUCUCUCUGCUCAUCUAUCUCUACAUAUAUAAACACAAGGUUUUUGUCCUUCUUGUUUUCACAGAAGCAAAAGCAUCCUCCUCGAUCAGUGAUCACGCGUAUAAUCAACUCGUGAAUUCGGUUGAAAAGUGAAGGACGCAUGUUAAUGAGACAAUGUCGUCACCUAGUAAGAGACGGGAUAUGGAUGUCAUGAAACUGAUGAUGCGUGACUAUGUAGUGGAACCAGUCAAUGAUGAAAUCAAUGAAUUCAAUGUGGAAUUCCAUGGUCCAAAAGAAAGUCUUUAUGAAGGCGGUGUUUGGAAAAUCCGUGUGUUUCUGCCGGAUACUUACCCAUACAAAUCUCCAUCCAUUGGAUUUCUGAAUAAAAUAUUACACCCGAAUGUUGAUGACAUCUCUGGUUCUGUAUGCUUGGACGUCAUCAAUCAAUCAUGGAGUCCAAUGUUUGACCUCUUGAAUGUAUUUGAGGUAUUCCUACCACAGCUACUGCUUUACCCAAAUCCUUCAGAUCCAUUAAAUAGUGAUGCGGCAUCAUUGAUGAUGGAGGACAAGAAAAAGUAUGAAGAGAAAGUGAAAGAAUAUUGUGAGCUUUAUGCGAAGAAAGAAAAUCCUAUCAGCACUCCAUCUGAAGAGAGUGAUGAAGACAUCAGCGAGGAUGAUAUCAGUGACACUACAAGUAAUGAUGGCAUUGCUGCAGAUGCAGAUCCGUGAGAACCUGUCUGCCUUCUCAACUUAAACAUCUCAAAUAUGCUUAUAAAAAAUACAUCUCUGCCUCUUCAAGCUCUCCUUUGGAUCACCCUUGCGGGAUGCUAUUUUGAGUUGCUUGGUCAGUGAUGAAAGAUAGGUGAGACCAAAACAGGAAACCUUGUGGAUCAGUUAAAUAUGUUGCUUAGCAGUAACAUUGGCUGCAAAUGGAUAUUUAGAUGAAUGAAUUAUGAAGUAAAUUUUAUUGAUGUUUUAUUUACAAGUCUGAAUUGAAAUUUGCUCUA